AUGACCCGAGGAGAUUUAAGUCACCACCGGCAGUCUGUCCACGCCGCUGCAAGUCAUAAUGGCAGAGUGAAGAUGGGGGACUGGAACUUCCUUGGGGGGAUUUUGGAGGAGGUGCAUAUCCAUUCCACUAUGGUAGGCAAGAUCUGGCUCACCAUCCUGUUCAUCUUCCGUAUGCUGGUCCUCGGGGUGGCAGCCGAGGACGUGUGGAACGACGAGCAGGCUGACUUCAUAUGCAACACCGAGCAGCCCGGGUGCAGAAAUGUGUGCUACGACCACGCUUUCCCAAUCUCCCUCAUCCGCUACUGGGUGCUGCAGGUCAUCUUUGUGUCUUCUCCCUCACUGGUUUACAUGGGCCACGCUCUCUACAGGCUGCGGGCGCUGGAGAAGGCACGGCAGAAGAAGAAGGCUCUGCUGCGGAGGGAGCUGGAGUUGGUGGACGUGGAGUUGGCAGAAGCCAGGAAGAGGAUUGAGCGGGAGAUGAAGCAGCUCGAUCAGGGGAAGCUCAACAAAGCUCCUCUGAGGGGCUCUCUGCUGCGUACCUAUGUGGCUCACGUUGUCACUCGCUCUGUUGUUGAGGUGGCCUUCAUGACAGGCCAGUACUUGCUUUAUGGCUUUCACCUCUACCCACUCUACAAGUGUGAGCGGGAUCCUUGUCCCAAUGCUGUGGACUGCUACGUCUCCAGACCGACGGAGAAAAGCGUCUUCAUGGUAUUCAUGCAGUGCAUCGCUGGAAUUUCUCUCUUCCUGAACAUCUUGGAGAUCAUGCAUCUGAGUUACAAGAAGAUUAAGAAGGGCAUCUUGGACUUCUACCCUCACUUGAGAGACGAGAAAGAUGAACUUGAUGAUUACUAUGUCAACAAGUGUAAAAAAGAAUCUGUUGUGCAAAUUAGCACCAGCGUACCCCGAAAGGCAACGAUCGCUUCUGCACCCAGUGACUACAACCUCUUACUGGACAGGGUGCAGGGCACAAUCAUGUACCCAAACCUCAUCAAACCUUCAACUUUUCUACCGCUUCAGAGCGAGCUGCCCACUCAGCACGAUUUGGAUGACUCCAGAUGUUCAGUUCAAAGCCCCCCACAUUGUAACUGCACCUUGACUACAAACGAGCCCUGCUCUCCGUGCUGCGACUCCCUGAUUAACCCAAAGCAGGAGGCUGAGGACUUUUUGCAUCUUCCCCCGCACAGUAAAGAGAAUGGGGGCAAUGAAAGAAUGAGCCCAGACUCUCCGAAAUGCCCACAGAAGGCAGUGGACACUUCCUCCUUCCCCACGCUGCCAGUGAGUGCAUCAAGGAGGCCUUGGAGAGCCCAGGGCUCUUUGAAAUGCUCCACGGUGUUGGAGGGCAAAAGCUCUGACACAGAUUCAUACGGGGGUGCGAAAGCCAGCAGUGGACCUCCCAUCACUCGAACACAGUCGAAAUCAGACGGCAAACAUCAAAGCCGGCCGUCCACCCCGGAGUCACUGGAUGACUCCAGCUCAGAAUCCAGGCACGCCAGACCCCCUUCAUCCAACUGCAGAGCAUCAGUGGCAAGUAAUGCGAGCAGCAGACGAGCAGCAGACCUGCAAAUUUAAACCUCAGAUACAAAGUGUGUUCUUACAGCAAUUCAUGUUACAGGUGUACUGAUCUUACUGUCAUAUCUACAUUUAAAGGUAUACUUUGCAAGUUUUUCCAAAAAAUACAAUGUAUAGACUCUCAAACAUCACUAAUGACCCACUAGAGUGUGUGGCAGUGUAUUUAUCUGCAGAGACUCUGGCCCCUGUCUGUAUUUUCUUAUUUUGCUGUGUUUGGGACAUUUCCUGGGCACAGCCUGCAGCUGAGGUUGGGAAAAAGUAGCAACCAGGUGCCAGACCAUAAACAGCAUGCAUCCAAGAGUAAGCUACGAAAAUCACGGACACAGAAAUAUAGUGAGGUGAAACACCGAGCGGACAAAGCUGGGGUUGGCUUUCACUUUCGCUGGUGAUACUUUUUUUUUUUU